AUGGACCUGACUCGAAGAGGUGUUCAUGAUAAUAAGCAUACUAGGGCUGUUUACUUGGAAGAGAAGUUCGCGAACAAAAAGCUUGAACAUUUUGCUAACAUGUCUAACUAUUGUAAGCAAAUCAAGCUCCUUGCCGAUCAACUAGCCAACGUUGAUUGCCCGGUAUCUGAACGUAGGAUGGUUAUGCAACUAAUUGCGGGACUAACUAAGGGUGAAUAUGACACCGUGGCUGCUAUUGUCUCCCAAUCCGAGCCAACCCCGAAUUUCAACAAGGCUCGUUCAAUGUUCUUAUUGGAGGAAACCCGAAAGAACAAACAAGAAGAAAGUUGGAAACAAGCCCUCAUCGUUACAUACGCUAACACCUUGUCUCCACCACAUCAACCGUCAGUUGCGUAG